CAUUUUAGGCCGUUACGGUUACGGUCGGUUGGGUGCCAAUAUUUCUUGAAAUUAUUAUUAUUUUAAUGUCUUUAAAAUUCAAGAUCUCUGAGAAAACUAUUUCCGAGAAAUGUAGUUACCCGCCCAAAGAAAUUCCUAAUGUCAUUAUUACACACUUUUAAAGAAACCCUAAAACCCUGCACAAACCUUUCUUCUUCUUCAUCAUCAUUUUCACAAUCUUCGUUUUCCCAAGAAGAACCUGAGCCGACAAUAACAAACCAGAGAAAACCCCCCAAAUCCUCGCUUUUUCAGCAGCUUCUACGCCUUGAACAAGAAUAUUUCCCUUCAACCCAAGAAUCCCAUUUCCAAAUCCCUAAAUUCUCACAAACCCAAGUCCAAGAAAAUGGUGAUAAUCAAGAAGAAGAAGAAGAAGAAGAAGAAGAGAAAGAAGAUGAGGAAGAAGAAGAAGUAAAGGAAUUUGGGAGACCCGAAUUGGGUCGGGUUCAAUUUGAAGAUACGGGUCCUUAUGAGCCAUUGGUACUGUCUUCUGAUGGAGAAUUUCCAGUUGUACAGGUGCCUGCAUCUAUUAACUGUCGGUUGCUUGCCCAUCAAAGAGAGGGAGUCAAGUUUUUAUUCAUGUUAUACAAGAACAACCAUGGGGGCGUUCUUGGUGAUGACAUGGGACUAGGGAAGACAAUACAGACAAUCGCAUUUCUCGCUGCUGUAUAUGGAAAAGAUGAGGAAUAUGGUGACUCCAGAAUAUUGAUGGAAAACCAGGUUGGAAAGAAAGGCCCUAUAUUAAUAAUCUGUCCAACUUCUGUCAUCCACAAUUGGGAGUGUGAAUUCUCCAGAUGGGCAACAUUUAGCGUUUCUGUUUACCAUGGUUCAAGCCGUGAAUUGAUUCUUGAGAAGCUACAAGCCAAUGGAGUUGAGGUUCUGGUUACCAGUUUUGACACAUUCAGAAUUCAUGGCAAUGUUUUGUCAGAGAUCAAAUGGGAGAUUGUGAUCAUUGAUGAAGCACACCGUCUAAAGAAUGAAAAAUCAAAACUCUAUACAGCAUGUUUAGAAAUUAAGACUCGCAGACGUAUUGGUCUUACAGGAACCAUCAUGCAGAACAAAAUUAUGGAACUCUUCAACCUCUUUGAUUGGGUUGCUCCUGGAUCCUUGGGAACAAGGGAACAUUUUCGGGAGUUUUAUGAUGAACCCCUCAAGCAUGGCCAAAGGUCAACUGCUCCCGAGAGAUUUGUUUGGGUCGCUGAUCAGCGUAAACAGCACCUGGUAGCAGUUCUUCGUAAAUAUAUGCUAAGAAGGACGAAAGAGGAGACUAUUGGACAUCUUAUGUUGGGAAAGGAAGAUAAUGUUGUUUUUUGCGCAAUGAGUGAAUUGCAAAGGCGUGUUUAUAGGAGAAUGUUACAACUGCCAGACAUCCAAUGUCUUAUAAACAAGGACCUGCGCUGUAGCUGUGGAAGCCCUCUUACACAAGUGGAAUGUUGUAGGAGGAUUGUGCCUGAUGGAAUUAUCUGGCCUUACCUUCACAGGGAUAGCCUAGAAGGUUGUGACUCAUGUCCUUUUUGCCUUGUCCUUCCAUGCCUUGUCAAGCUGCAACAGAUAAGCAAUCACUUGGAGCUUAUUAAGCCUAACCCUAGGGAUGAACCUGAUAAACAAAGGAAAGAUGCAGAAUUUGCCUCUGCUGUCUUUGGUCCAGAUAUUGAUAUGGUGGGAGGGAAUGCCCCAAGUGAGAGCUUUAUGGGCUUAAGUGACACUAGACAUUGUGGCAAGAUGCGGGCCUUGGAUAACUUAAUGGCCUCUUGGGCCUUAAAGGGUGACAAAAUUCUUCUCUUUAGCUACUCUGUCAGGAUGCUUGAUAUAUUGGAGAAGUUUCUUAUACGGAAAGGUUAUUGCUUUUCAAGACUUGAUGGCUCUACUCCAACCAACAUGCGCCAGUCUCUUGUUGAUGAGUUUAACUCAAGUCCAAGCAAACAAGUGUUCCUCAUAUCAACUCGAGCUGGUGGGCUUGGAUUGAAUCUCGUAGGUGCUAAUCGUGUGGUUAUAUUUGAUCCAAACUGGAACCCAGCCCAAGAUUUACAGGCCCAGGACAGAUCAUUUCGUUUUGGACAGAGGCGGCAUGUUGUGGUUUUCCGCCUUCUUGCAGCUGGUUCCCUUGAAGAACUUGUAUAUUCACGUCAGGUGUAUAAACAGCAGCUAUCAAACAUUGCUGUCUCUGGGAAAAUGGAAAAAAGAUACUUUGAAGGCGUGCAGGAUUGCAAGGAAUUUCAAGGUGAGCUUUUUGGAAUCUGCAAUCUGUUUCGCAAUCUUUCGGAUAAACUUUUUACAAGUGAAAUACUUGAAUUACAUGAGAAACAAGGGCAGCAGGAUGCUGAACACCAUAGUGAUAAGCAGGAAUUGACCGAUACAGGGGUCCAUUUGAUUCUGUCAGAAGGAAGUGAAAAAUUAUCCUCAGGGUCCAAGAAUUCGCAUUCCACUUGCAUAGAGAGGGCUACUACUAAUAAACCAGUCCUUAAAGACUUGGGUAUCUUGUAUGCCCAUCGCAACGAAGACAUUGUCAACAUUGGACCUGGGAUUCAACAGAAAAAAGUUGUUACCGAGGAUGAUAACCUGAAAAGAGAUUCCAAUUAUUCAUGGAAGAGGAAAUCGGAUGGAGAGGAAAAUGUUCUCUCAUCCAGGGAUCAUAAGAAGAUUCAAUACGGUCGCCUAGCACAGUUCAAGAGAAUGGGAGUGGUUGAAUUCAGUAGGUGGGUACUCUGUGCUACUCCUUUAGAGAGGGAGAGCCUGCUUGUGGAUUAUAAAAGAAGAAAAAAGCUCUAAUGGUUGAACAGAGUGUUGGGAAGUCCACUCACAGACUGUAAGAAAACAGAUUGAACUAUUUAUUUCUUUUUAACUCAUUGUUACAUAGUAUAUCCAAAGUGUUUAGAAUUAGAAUGUGCAUAUGAACAGUAGGGCUAGUUUCAGUGCGAAAAUAGUGGCCAAUAAGAAUGUAAGUGUGUAUUAUUACAGUCAAUUAUUGUUACUUUCCCUCGAUUUUCCUUUUGUUUUUCGUCCCUAGUGUCAUUGUUUUGGGAUGUAAGCACCAUAAAAACUAGUUUCCGAAAUGUCAAUGGUAGAACAACAAAAUCUUCCUAGUA